AUGAGAUUCCUUAUUACUGGAAACCCAGGGAUUGGGAAAACCUUAUUUGGUACUUGUGUUUUGAGGCUGGAAAAGGAAGCAUUUGUCAAAAAUUUCACAAAACCAGGAGAAUUUGUAGUCAGCACCCUUUAUAUGCCUACUUGGGAUGAAGAUGAAAUCAUGGAUUUGAACCUUAGUGGAAGGACAAAAGAGGGAUACCAAAAAAAAUUCUUGAUGUGUGGUGGAAUACCAAGAACGAUCAACAUUCAUUGGCUGGUUCAUAUUCAUAUUAACCUUCCUUUUAAUGUCAAUGAAGAGCUUGUUGAGUAUACCACCAAUCCAAAUAUUUAUAUACAACUACCACCUUAUACACAAUCAACUUUAUAUUUUGCAUCAAAAUAUGUUGGUGAUGAAGUGCUUGAUUAUUUAGAAGAACAAUACCAUUCCUUAUUAUGGCAAUUUAUCCAACACCCACCAUUAUAUCCUGUUGAAGAUGCCUUGAGAGGACAUCUGCUGGAAUCAAUUGCACACAAAAUAGUUCCUAAAAAUUUUGAUGCUGUAAUAGCCCCAAACAUUUUUUUUCAAAUCACUGUAGCAGAAAAACAUCCAAUUCUUCAAGCAGGAUUCAGACAACUCUUGGAGAAGUUUCAAAUAUCACAAGAUAAUAAAGCACAACUUUAUUUUAUUGUUCCUGAUUAUUUAUUUAACAACUUUAGAAAACAACCAUAUGUAUAUAACCAAAAAAAAAAGAUGAAUCAGUAA